CACUACUAACAAGUAUACACUAUCUCUCGAUGCGCGUAUGUUACGUUGUGCAGGACCAAGACAGUAUUCUGAUGGGAUGGCACCCGGAGCUGGUCACGACUAUUAGACCAUUCUCCGCUCUCAAGCCCCCCAACGUUCACUGUCAGAUAGCCAUGUUGGCUAUCCCUGCUGAUGUCCUCCUACGUGUACACCAAGCUUCGAACGGACAAGCUCCCUUCCUUAUAGAGAACCUGUCCUUCAGCGACUGGGCCACAAUGGUUGCUGUCAUGCAAACCAGACCCCAUGAGCUCGAAGACAAGAUCAAGGAGCUUGCCGCCAACAUCGCAGAAGUCUGUAGAAAGUCUGCAAUGGAGAACAUAGAACUGAACCUCAUCGUUGCUAAAGGUGAGAAGAUCCUCCUCGAGCUCCACGGUUAUGACACCUCGCAUCUAGAAUGUGCUGGUCAGAUAUCUACGAACGACACCUCAGAGACCUUCAUGGACACCUACAUCAGCACCAUUGCACUUACACCUGCAGAACUAGAUUAUCUCAAGAAAAAGGAGGUCUUGAGAAGGGACAACGCCUACAUGGAGAUCACCAGCUCAUCCAACGAAACCAGCCACAAGCUUGGCAAGAACAGCUCCUUCCUACCACUCGCAUCAAGCACGUGGAUGGAAAAAGCUGUGCAAAAGGUUCACAACAGACUUUGGAAGCUGAAUUCCUUCAACUACACAACACCGAUCAGUGUGGACGCCUACAUGGCGCUCGUCGGCCUGAGUAAUACAGACAUAGACAACUGUCGAACAACUGCCAGGAAUGCUACUAUCCACUUUCCGGCUGGGCGUGUCGGCUAUGACGCAGACUUCCUGCCGAUCGCCAAAUUGGAGAAAGGCAAGUGUCCUAAAAAACCGGUGCUGCACCAGAAAGGCAUCCCAAGCUUUCCUGCAGAUCUGCCUGAACUAAAGAAACUGUGGAAUGUUGGAAGACCCUUCCAGAAGUGCGCAUGCAACGGGUGUGAACUGAACUUGACAUGGCUCGACCACACGAUUUGGUACAUCAUCGGCAACCUUGACAAGUUGGAUCUGAAUGCACCAUCAGACAAGAUCCGCAUGCUCGAAUUCCAAGCCCUGGUGCGCACAUCUUGGAAAAGACCGAUUCUGGCCCAGAUUACGUUCCUGUUCAUUUGAGAAUACAUAAUGAAGAUUGUGCACCUCA